AUGGCAAAACUAAGUUUUUUCCUUUCUUUUAUUCUAUUUUUUAUAGUAACAAAGAAAACUGUCUUAUCACAGGACGAGGAACCCUGUUCAUCUAAACAAUUAAAAAAUAAAUGUAAAAGUAAAGUGAAUAGUAAGAAUUUACAUUUAGAAAGAUUAUCAUUAUCAAAAAAUAUAAGCUCAGAAAAAGAGAAAGAAAUAAAAGCAAAAAGAAAAAGAAAAGAAUCAGAUUUGAGUAGUGUUCAAAAAGAUAAUACAGAUAAUUCAUUAGUAAUUAGUAAAGAAAAUCAAAAAAGGGAUCUUCAAAUAUUUAUUGAUAAAUUUAGUUCAUUAUUUAAUGAAGAGCAUUUUCAUUCUGUAUAUGAAGUUAUCAAUGUUAUGAAAUUAAUAUUAUACGAAUUACAAGUAAUACAUAAUGAAAAUUAUAAAUCUCUUAUCAAAGGAUUUAAUUUGAUAAACAAAUAUAUUGAAACUACCUUAUUAAAUUUAGACUUAUAUACUGUAAUAGAAAUGCAUAAAAUUUAUAAUUCCUUAAACGAACAUUUGCCAUUACGAAUAGAAGCAUUUAAUAAAAAAUUAUUAUCAUUUAAAUUAAAUUUUUAUUCUGAUAAUAUUGAAUUAAGUUCUAACAUGUGCUUUAUAUUGGAUCUUUUUAAAAAUGGCAUAAAUACUGAUUAUACAAUUAUUUUUAAUAAAAUAGAAUCUAUUCUUAAAUAUAAAAAUUGUGUAGAAGAAUUGCCAAUAGUAAAAAUUGGUUCUAUUUUUGGAACAUCUAAUUAUAGUUGUAAGAAAAAAUAUACAGAAAAUAUUCUUUUAAAGGUAGAAAAUAUAAUGACAAAUAUUGAAAAAACAAUUAAUUCAGAAAAUACAUCAGAUUAUAGUACCGAAAUAAAUGAAGCAAAAUCAUAUUUAGAAAAAUUUAUAAAUCUUUUAAAUGAGGAAAUUGAGGAACACAAAGAAAAGUGUAUAAAUGAAUUAUUAAAAGAAAAUAAAAUUGAUGAUAUAAAAAGUACAUUUGUAUCAAUGUUUUUAUUUAUACAAAAAAAAAAAAUUCAAAAUGCACGAACACUCUAUAAUAUUCAGGAGGGUCUCGGUUUAAUAAAAAUACAUAUGAAUGUAUUAGGGUCUAUUUUAAAAGGAUAUAAUUUUGUAAAUAUAAUUAAGGAAAAAUAUAUUUUAUUUUUACAAAAAUCAAGUGGAAAUAACUCUCUUUCUAAGGUACAAAAGGAUCCAAGUGAAUAUGAAAAAAAUUCUAAUCAUUUAAUGAGUGCAUAUAAAGGUUUUACUUCUUUGUUGAAUGUAACUUUAUUAAACAAAAAAAUACAAUCAAUUAAAAAAUUAUUAAAUUUAAUAGAAAAUUUUAAUGUAAAAAUAAUAAAAUCGCCUAAUUUAAAUGAUGAUGAUUUACUUAAAAAAAAAAAAAAUUAUACUUCAACUACAAUUCAAAAUUAUUUUGGAAGUUUGAAGUCUGAAUUUACAUCAGUAAAUGAAUUAUUUUCUAGAGACUUUUUAUUUCAUAAAUUAAAGAAUGAUGUACAAAAUAAAAUAGAUUUAAUGUUAAACUUAAGAAGGUUUUAUGAAGAAAAUGAAUUUAUUUUUAGGUCCACGUAUGAUAUAUGUGACUCACAUUUUAGAAGUUCAGAUGAUUUAGAAACGGAAAAAAAUAAAUUUAGAAAAGAAAAUUUUAUUCUUUCCUUAUUUAUACUUUCUCAAAAAAUUACAGAUAUUUUAAGAAUACAUUAUACUUAA